UUAUAAAUGCAGUGAUCUGAAACUCGACACUGAGCAUCAAAGACAGCAAACUGUUUAGGUUCAUCUUCAUCUGCUUCGAUUCGUGGAUGAGAUGUGACCAUGAUGCCAUACUUCCUUGCAGAUAAAUCCUUCUUACUCGACUUAGCAAGAAGAAUGACUCGAGAACAAAUCUGCAUGUCGCCAUCAACGUCAACAAGCAACGUGGGAAGGAUGAUAGGAGCGGGAAAAAGAAUGUGGCAUGAUUCAUCCCCUCUCCCUGCAACCUCCAAUCUAUGCCAUGCUAUUGCUCCCCUUUAAAGUUGACUUGGCGAACCUAUUCAUACAACACCUAAGCCCCCCCCUAGCCUUAAUACAUCCCAUCCCAUCAUUGCUUCCAUUCUGUGGCUUGGCGGCUCUCAUGAACGCCACCAUGAGCAUGUUGAGCAUGGUGGAGGCGAAGCUGCCUCCAGGUUUCAGGUUCCACCCGAGGGACGACGAGCUCGUCUGCGACUACCUCGCCGCGAAGGCCGCCGGAGGCAGCACCGAGAGCGGUUCCAUGAUGAUGGUGGAUGUUGAUCUCAACAAGUGUGAGCCAUGGGAUCUCCCUGCUGCCGCAUGUGUUGGGAGCAACGAGUGGUACCUCUUCAGCCUUCGAGAUCUGAAGUACGCGACCGGGCAGCGGACCAACCGGGCGACCAUGUCAGGCUACUGGAAGGCCACAGGGAAGGAUAAACCAGUGACCCGAAAAGGAUUGCUGGUUGGGAUGAGGAAGACUUUGGUGUUCUAUCAAGGAAGAGCUCCCAAGGGGAAGAAGACAAAGUGGGUCAUGCAUGAAUUCCGCAUGGAAGGAUCUGAUGGUGCUCCAAAGUUGCCUUUCAAGCCAGACUGGGCCCUAUGUAGAGUCUUCUGCAACAACAGAAGGAUCUCCACCAUGCCAAGCAUGGAGGCAAGCCAUGAAAACUCGGGUUCACAGUCCCUCUCAGCUCUAAUGGACAACUGCAUCACCUUUGGCCAAACCCCUUUCUACUCAGAGGGGUUUGAGCAGGUGCCCUGCUUCUCCAGCCUAUCUCCAAGCUAUGUAUCCCAGUGCCAAGACUUUGUCCUAACAAAAUGUUGAGCUCAAACUGGUGGUUUGCCUGAGUUGAACUCUGGAUGGAUCACCACUUGCGUGCUGACUACUUCAAUCCGCGCGCUGGAAGGAUCACCACCCUCAACAGCCAGAAGCUCCCCAUUCUAAGAUUCGUCCAAAUGAGUGCUGUAAGGGGACUCCUCCG